AUGGAAAUCGAACCCAACCCAGGAGACCAAAUUCCAACACCAGCUUUCGACCUAGUUGAAAUCCCAAGAGUCCCAGCACCCCAUCCCCCAGAUUAUGACCCAUGGUUUAACGACCAUAGGGAUUACCCAGAACUCCACCCACAAGAGGAACCCAUGCAAAACCCAGUAGCACCCUACCCAAACCUUGACCCUCUAGAUCCAUACUGGGAUAAUGACCAAUAUAUCAGGGAGAUCCUAGAGAACCCGUACCCUUACGAAGAACCAAUGCCACAGUAUCCUGACCCGAUACCAACACCCGCACCACCCAUGAGCACUGAGAAUGUGCAGGAACUCCGCACGUUUGGUGAGGAGUUGUUAGAUGAAAGUGAAAAGAUAAGACAAAUAGGUGAGAGACACAUGGACAACGAAGUGAAUCAAGAAAACCAGAAUAACGAUAAUAACGGAAACCAGAUAGAUAAUAGUGCCAUCCAACACAUAGUGCCACAAGGGAUUAUAGACGCUAUGCCACAUAUUAUCAAAACGGUUAAGGAAGCAGACAAUAAUAAAAGUAAUAGCGGAAGUAAACGACCACCACUGAACCUAGUCACAGCGUAA